AUGUGGAUGCCCACCGUAGAUGCCUCUGGCAUGCCCACCUUUGUGAACCCCAUGCAGAUGAACCCCAUGCAGAUGAAUCCCAUGCAGCCCGUGCAGCCCAUGCAGAUGAAUCCAAUGCAGCCCAUGCAGCCCAUGCAGAUGAAUCCAAUGCAGCCCAUGCAGCCGAUGCAGCCCAUGCAGCCCAUGCAGCCAAUGCAGCCCAUGCAGCCAAUGCCGAUGGGCAUGAGCGUGCAGUGGGCAGCGCAGACCGCCACGGUCGGCCAAUCUGCCAAGCCGGAGAAGGAGAAGGCGGACCGGGACGUGCGGCGUCUCGGGAGCUACUUCGGCAUCGACCAGCUCACGCUGGAGAGGCUGGACGAAUUGCUCGAGAAGAGGAAAAGCACCAGAGAAAGGGACUUGGCGAAGCUCUACGAGGUGCUGGACAGCGCUAGGAGCCCAGGCCGCCUACUGCUGGCCAAGAUGGAAGAGAUGGAGGAGGAUGGCUUUGUGGCCAACUUCAGGCGUGACGAGAACAUAGAGAGGCUUGCAGAACGCUUCGCCCUGGAGGACUCAGCCAAGUGCCGACUGGUGGAGCUGCGGGUCCGUCGCAAGAACCUGCUGGAGCAGGACUUGGCGCGGCUCGCGGAGCACCUGGAGCUGAGCUCGGAGCCCUCCUUCACCGCGGUGUCGCUGGUGAAGAAGGUGGUGCAGGGCAGGCUCGCGGAGCUGCCGCCGCUGGAGGAGGCCAAGACCCUGGCGGCCGCCUUUGGCCUGGAGGGGAGCGCCUGUUUCAAGCUCCGUGACCUGGUGGAGAAGCGGGCGGAGGACCUGGACGUAGUGCUGAAGCAGCUGAAGCAGGUUCUGGAGGUGGCGCGCAAUCCCAAUGCCACUUUUCUGAAGGUGCUAGACACGUACCUGGCGGGCGGUUUGCUGGAGCCCGGCGCCAUCGAGGUGAUAAGACUGGAAUCCAAGCAGCAAGCGCGACUGGAGGCGGCUCAAAUGAAGGCACAGAAGCAAAAGAAGAAAAAUAAGAAGAAAAGCUCCAGCUCCUCGGACAGCUCCAGCUCAGGCAAGAAAAAGAAGGCCAAGAAGGUGAAGAAGAAAGGUAAGGACAAAAAGGCGAAGAAGGAGAAAAAGGCGAAAGACUCGAGCUGA